AUGCACCCCGAGGCCUCAGAGCCUGUGACGGACGGGAUAGCGGAGCAAGAUUGCGCGCAGGAGCCUGGUGUGGAGGAGUCGGCUGGUGACCACGGGAACGCAGGCGAAGGUGGCCGCAAGGAAGAAAUGAAUGAUCCUAAGGAAACAUGUGUGGGUCCUUCAAACACUUCCUGCCUCAGUGAGCAGAAGCAGAGUGGUGACAGCUGGUCAGAUGGUCGCUUAGCAUACCAAACAGCCGACAAGGAAGAUCGUGGCGCCAGAAUGACUAAAAAGUUUCUGCAAAAGCUUUGCAAGCAGCACAAGCUUUACAUUACCCCAGCACUGAAUGAUACGCUGUAUUUACACUAUAAAGGCUUUGACCGCAUCGAGAACCUGGAAGAGUACACAGGGCUGCGCUGCCUCUGGCUGGAGUGCAAUGGCAUCCAGAAAAUCGAGAACCUCGAGGCCCAGACGGAACUGCGCUGCCUCUUCUUACAAGUGAACUUGCUCCAUAAGAUUGAGAACCUAGAACCUCUGCAGAAACUGGAUGCUCUCAACAUCAGCAACAACUACAUUAAGACCAUCGAAAACCUCUCCUGCCUGCCAGUCCUGAACACACUCCAGAUGGCGCACAACCACUUAGAGACCGUGGAGGACAUUCAGCAUCUCAGGGAGUGUGCCAGACUCUGCGUCCUUGACCUUUCCCACAACAAGCUGAGCGACCCCAGGAUCCUGAGCGUUCUCGAGAGCAUGCCUGACUUGCGUGUGCUGAAUCUGAUGGGGAACCCGGUGAUUAAGAACAUCCCCAACUACCGAAGGACACUCACCGUCCGGCUAAAACACUUAACAUACCUGGAUGACAGACCAGUUUUUCCCAAGGACAGAGCUUGCGCAGAGGCCUGGGCCAGGGGAGGGUACGCGGCGGAGAAGGAGGAGAGACAGCAGUGGGAGAUGAGAGAGCGGAAGAAGAUCACGGACAGCAUCGAGGCCUUGGCGGCCAUCAGGCGCCAGGCGGAGGAGAGGAAGCGGCAGAGAGCGAGCCAGGAGCGAGGGGAGGAGACCACGCCAGCCGGUGCUGCGGACGUGGACGCCGAAGUGGAAGGAGAGGAAGAGCCUCAGGAAAAGAAAGAAACGAGGCAGAAGAUAGAGCAGUUUGUCAAGGAGAGCUUCGAGGCCAAGGAUGAGCUGUUCCCGGAGAAGCCAGAAGAGCCGAGCCUCCUGGAGGAGCUGCCUCUGGAUGUCGGGGAGCCGACAGGGGUGCUCCCCCCUGAGGCCCUGCCAGCGAGCCCCAGAGCUGCCUGGGCAGAAUUGGCUCCCCAAACUGUGGCCACUGAAAGUGCAUCAGGCACAGAGCCCGAUGGAGCUGAAAAUCUGGAGGCCACAAGACUGGAGACGAAGGAGCAGCUCUUCAUCGACGACCUGCCCGACUUGGAAGAUGUGAAUGCCGGCGAAUCUCUGGGCGACCGGGAUAGGGAGCAGUGCUUUCCAAAGAUUACAGCCGUCUCGAGCCUGAACGACGCCAGCGAGCCUGAUGUGGACGACAUCUCACUCCUAGCGCUGGAAAACACAUCCUCGGACACGCUUUCCAGUAUAUUUGCAGUCCCCAAGGAUACCUCCUGGAGGGUGGAGACUGAGAUGCCCUUCACAGACAUACUUAAAGUGGCACCAGAGAGGGACCUGGAAACCCAAAGGAGAGCGAGCGAGGUCCCUUGCCCGCUGAUUCAGGAGCUGGGUGAUGACGAGGAACCCUCAGGACUGCCACCCCUGCCCCCAGUCUGCAAGGGGGAAGCCGUGCCUGCCCCACACACUGAGGACGGCGAUGGGGACCUGCUUCCAGCCCCCACUCCAGGAAACGGCCCUGAGAAGGAUCAAGUCCAACCUGAGGUGGAACCCGUGGAGCGCCUGGGGUCCGAGGCAGGAGAAGACCGGGAGGACAUUGAAUUUGGCCUGGACUGA